AUGGCCACACCCACGUCCACCCACGCUCCUUCCGACGCGUUACUCGCUGAAAACAAUCAAGCCGCCCGCCGCAGUUCACUCGGCUUUCUCCGUCGUUCCAAAUCUACUGAACCGCUGGGUGACCGCAAAGCCUCAGGCAGCCGCAAGAGAAUGAACAAGACCCAAGCCAUGGAAGAUGAACUUCGUCGUCAGCGCGACGCUCACGCCCCUCAGAAUGCCCCUCGUUUGCCUGAUCUGGCUCCUCCACCGCAGUUGGAGACCUUUGGGGGUGAAGAGCGUGAUACGAUCGCGGCCUCGCCCCCAAUGCCUCGCCCUCAGUCUGGCGCUGCUGUCCCCAGCGCGUCAACAAGGUCCCCGUCCUCCGCCAUGGACCCCUACGCUCGCACCGAGAGCAUGACUCACCGUGGCCGAUACAGCUAUGCAAGCAGUGCCAUGAGCAACGUCAACAGUCCCCGUCGUAUUCGCCGCCGGAAGGACCCCACUCCUUACAAUGUGCUGGUUGUCGGAGCACGCAAUGCGGGCAAGACUUCGUUCAUUAACUUUUUGCGCUCGGCGUUGACCAUGCCUCCGCACAAACAUCCCACGCGUAGCCCAGAAGAGCUGGAAGAGCUCGAAUCACAAACAUCGGCUUACGAUGGGUUUACCUCGCAAUAUCUGGAGACAGAAAUCGAUGGGGAGCGUGUUGGUCUGACCUUGUGGGACUCGAUCGGCCUGGAACGAAACAUUGCCGAUCUCCAGAUGGGAGCCGUGACGGGCUUCCUGGAGAGCAAAUUCGAGGAAACGUUGGCCGAGGAGAUGAAGGUGGUGCGCUCUCCCAAUGCUCGUGAUACCCACAUCCACUGUACCUUUUUGUUACUGGACCCCGUUCGCUUGGAUGAGAAUAUUGCCGCUUCCGAGCGCGUCGCCAACGGAACAGCCAAAGCCGGUGAUGCGCCAGUUGUCGGCGUGCUGGAUCAGAACUUGGACUUGCAGGUGCUGCGUACCAUGAUGGGUAAGACCACCAUUGUGCCUGUGAUCAGCAAGGCGGAUACCAUCACCACGGCACACAUGGCGUUCCUCCGCAAGGCGGUCUGGAGUAGCUUGAAGAAAGCCAACAUCGAUCCUCUGGAGAUCCUGACGCUUGAAGACCAGGAAGAGUACACCUCGUCAGAGAGUGCAGAUGAGGAAGAGUCGGUGCAGGAAGAGGUAUCCUUAACCGCGAACGAAACUGCCGACGAUCCCACCGGCGGCUCAGGCGAGGAAAUUAAUGGAAACCAGGGUGAAACGACCGCGGACGACCAAUUGCAGCCACGCGUCCCGCAGUCGCCCUCUCAGCGAAGCCAAAGCUCCUUCGGCGCCUCGUCUUCUUUCAAUCCCCACGUUCCUUUCUCAAUCCUCUCCCCCGAUCCUCACUCAUUGGCGUCUGGAGAACAGCCCGUGGGACGUCGAUUCCCGUGGGGAUUCGCCGAUCCAUAUGACCCCACGCACUGUGAUUUUGUGCGUCUCAAGGACUCGGUCUUCAGUGACUGGCGCGCGGAGAUGCGUGAAGCCAGUCGCGUUGUUUGGUACGAGCGUUGGCGAACCAAUCGUCUCAAUCGCAAUGGCCAGCCAACUUCGCCGUUGCCUGCGAAGAAAUCGUAUGCCGGUCGUAUGGGACCCGGUGUGGAUGGUCGUCGUACGCGGUAA